AUGCUCGAGAAAGAUCAUGCUCGUAGCAGUGUCUGCAGAUCGAAGCAGAAAGAGCUCAUCGUCCCCGUGGGCUUGCCUGGAACUGGCCUCCACGACUACUCGCGGCGCCUACGUGAGGAGAACCCAGAUUUGCUGGAGAUCGGUGACGGGAUGAUAGAAGAGUGGUGCUUGUCCAGCGGGCUUCAGCGGAGUAGGGCACCUGGCCCUGAGCACUCCAGCGAUGAGCCGGAUCUGGAGGCCUUCGAAGAGUUCGACCCUGAGGCACGGCGAACGCUUGGAACCCUGGCUCGGUUAAGCGGCCGCAGCCUUGUCCGAAGCAGCGUCGCUCUUGGUUUGUUGGAGGCCGAACGACGAGCGCUUUUGCAGCAGCAUCCAGAUGCUCGAAAGGUUGCCGCUGUGCUCCUCGGCAGCCCUCCGGCAGACUUUCGAGAGUGGGUGAAGAUGCGGCAAAGGGCCGACAUUGAAGCCAAGAAGGCGCUUGGCGAAGAGCUGCCAGACGAGGCUUCGGAGACCCUCAGCUUUGGUGUGCCUGAUGCUCUGGACAAGGCGCUGGGUGAAUUCGCUCGCUUCACCUUGCCGAGCAGAGCUGAAGGUUUCGACGAGGUCCGGUAUGAAUGGGCCAACGAGGAAGCAGCAAAGCAGGAGUUGCUGGCCUGGCAGCAGCAGCGAAAGGCCAGCCACGUGGUGACGGGCCUUAAGCCCGGCAAGUGGUUCCACUCGCAGAUGGAGGCUUGGAAGAAACUGAAGCAAGCCCUGAAGCAAGGGCAGAUUUCCUUCGCCAAAAAGGCCGACAACAACCCUGCAUUGAGUGGUUUGGCGGCAGAGAUAAAUCUCGGCGAUGUCAAGGAUUUACAUGACGGAGACGGCAAGGGCACGCCCAUCUACGCCAACUUCAAGUAUGAGGACUGGAUCGUGCUUUCCUGGCGCUACGAGUUGCACUUGCUUUGCCACUCCUUCCUCAUCGAUGCUGCGGAUCCGGAACGGCGUGGAAUCCCUGAG